CCGAACAGAGCAUUCCAACUGCUUACGCCAAAUGCCGAUCUAGGGCACAAAUUGAUCUUCUCUCUCCGCUAUAGACACAAGGAAAACAAGUUAGCGCCAAGGAUUAGGGUUUCUAGGUACCAAGAUUCCAUUAAUGUCUAGCUACGACGACGACGGCGAUCGGCAUACCAGCAAAGGCGACGACCAUGGACGCGGAGGGUCGUCCCCCUACCGUCACAAGCAUAAAUCUCGUGAAUCAAACAGUGAGAGGUCAAGAGAAUGGAACCGAGACCGUCAUCCCAGGGACUACAAAGAGAGAGAUGUGAGGGAUAAUAGGGGAAGGAACAGAAAUAGUUAUGGCCGUUCCUCAAAUCGGGAUUAUGAAAGGCACCGAGAUUAUGAUCAUGACAGAGAUAGGCAUCAUAGACACAGAUCACGUUCUCGAUCAAACGAGAAAUAUAGAAAGAGAUCUAGAUCUCGUUCCCGCUCUCCUUCCAAAAGCAAACGAACAAGUGGUUUUGACAUGGCACCACCUGUUACAUCUUUUCUUGGUGUUGGUGCAAUCCCAGGACAAUUGACAGGUGUCCCUCAAGCAAUGCCCGGAAUACUUCAAAACAUGCUUCCUUUUGGGGCGACACAGGUUAAUCCAUUGGGAGCUCUUUCCUUGAUGCCAGCCCAAGCUAUGACUCAGCAGGCUACAAGGCAUGCACGCAGAGUUUACGUUGGUGGUCUACCUCCCUUGGCUAAUGAGCAGACAAUCGCAACAUUUUUUAGUAGUGUUAUGGCGGCUAUCGGAGGAAAUUCUGCCGGCACUGGUGAUGCUGUUGUCAAUGUGUACAUUAAUCAUGAAAAGAAAUUUGCAUUUGUGGAGAUGAGAACUGUUGAAGAAGCAAGUAAUGCAAUGUCAUUAGAUGGGAUUGUAUUUGAGGGAGUCUCUGUGAGGGUUCGAAGGCCUACAGACUACAACCCUUCAUUAGCUGCAGCACUUGGUCCUAGCCAACCAAACCCUCACCUUAACUUGGCUGCUGUUAGACUAACACCGGGUAUGGUUGGUGGAGUUGAGGGACCUGAUCGUAUCUUUGUUGGUGGCUUGCCAUACUACUUUACUGAAGUACAGAUACGGGAAUUGCUGGAGUCCUUUGGACCGUUGCGUGGGUUUGAUCUUGUCAAGGAUAGAGACACGGGAAAUUCCAAAGGAUACGGUUUCUGCAUUUAUAAGGAUCCAACGGCAACUGACGUUGCUUGUGCUGCUCUUAAUGGCUUGAAAAUGGGGGAUAAGACUUUAACUGUCCGGCGUGCCACUAUGAGCAAUGAGCCAGUUAACUCAGAACAGGAAAGUAUAUUAGCUCAGGCACAACAACAUAUAGCUUUGCAGAAAAUGACCUUGCAAGCUGGUGGUGUGAAUCUUCCUGGAAUAGGGAUAGGGCCUAUGACAACUGGAGAGACUCCAACAAAAGUUCUAUGCUUGACUGAGGUAAUUACGUCUGAUGAACUGAUGGAUGAUGGAGAUUACGAGGAGAUAUUAGAAGACAUGAGGGAUGAAGGGGGGAAGUUUGGACUAUUGAAAAAUGUUGUUAUUCCCCGCCCGGCUGCAAAUGGAGAGCAGGUUGCAGGUGUUGGAAAGGUGUUCUUAGAGUAUGCUGAUACCUCCGGUUGUGCCAGCGCAAAGGAUGCACUUGGUGGGAGGAAAUUCGGGGGCAAUACCGUGACUGCUGUGUAUUAUGCCGAAGACAAAUUUUACGACAUGGACUACGGUGCUUAAAUUGGCCGAUCGUGCAGAAUCCUUUUUUUUGUUUGGUUUUCUUUGUACCACUGUACAGUUUAAGAAGCGUGUGGUGGUGUUUUGUUUAUUGUACGGAUAUCAACUUCAUGUUUUAAGAGAUGGUAUUCUAUUCACUGAAAGCUUCUCUGUAGCUUUAUUCUUCUAGUAAAAUAUUUCUUAUGUUGAUCA